AAUAAAGAUGAGAGUGGCGGUGAUCGGAGGUGGGAUUAGUGGGUUGGGAAGUGCCUACGUUCUUGGCAAAGAAGAUGGAAUCAAGGAGGUAGUGUUGUUCGAGAAGGAGGAGUCUUUGGGAGGUCAUGCUAAAACGGUGCGGUUUGAUGGCGUUGACUUGGACCUUGGAUUCAUAGUCUUCAAUUCUGUUACGUACCCGAACAUGAUGGAGUUGUUCAAGAAUCUUGGAGUAGACGUGGAGGUUUCAGACAUGUCUUUCUCAGUGAGCCUUGACAACGGCAGAGGUUGCGAAUGGGGAGGCCGUAAUGGCCUCUCGAGCUUGUUUUCUCAGAAGAAGAACGUAUUGAAUCCGUAUUUCUGGCAGAUGAUCAGAGAGAUUAUGAAGUUUAAGGGAGACGUACUAAAGUAUAUCGAAGAGCUGGAGAGUAACUCUGAUGUCGACCGAAACGAAACGCUUGGAGAGUUUCUCAAGUCCCAUGGCUACUCUGAGUUGUUUCAAAAGGCUUACUUGGUACCGGCAUGUGGUUCGAUAUGGUCAUGUCCAUCAGACGCCGUCCUUAACUUCUCGGCUUACUCUGUUCUUUCGUUUUGCCGCAACCACCAUCUGCUUCAGAUUUUUGGGAGGCCACAGUGGCUGACUGUUGCAGGACGUUCUCAUAGAUAUGUCGCAAAGGUUAGGGCAGAACUGGAGCAACGAGGAUGCAAGAUUAGAACAAGUUGCAAUGUACAAUCUGUUUCAACAUCUGAGGAUGGUUGCGUCAGAGUAACUAUUGGAGAUGGAACUCAAGAAGUAUUCGACAGGUGUAUAUUAGCGGUGCAUGCACCAGAUGCUCUGAGAUUGCUUGGAGAAGAAGCCACCUUUGAUGAAACUAGGGUUCUUGGUGCUUUCCAAUACGUUUACAGCGAUAUGUAUCUCCAUCGCGAUACUGAUUUCAUGCCAAAGAACCCUGUUGCGUGGAGCGCAUGGAAUUUCUUAACAAGUUCGGAAAAUAAAGCGAGCAUAACAUAUUGGCUCAAUAUAAUUCAGAAUCUCGGAGAGGAACAUGAGCCCUUCUUCCUCACAUUUAAUCCUGAAGCUACCCCAAAGAAGACAUUGUUCAAAUGGACCAGUGCUCAUCCUCUGCCAUCUGUUUCCGCUUGGAAAGCUUCACAAGAGAUGAACAAGAUUCAAGGGAAACACGGUCUAUGGUUCUGUGGUGCAUAUCAAGGUUAUGGUUUUCAUGAAGAUGUAUUUAUUGUUGUUGCUGGUAUGGCGGCUGCACAAGGCUUGCUAGGGAAAGAUAUGGUCACUCCUCUGAGUAACCCGAAACACAUGGUCCCUUCUCUAACCGAGAAAGGAGCUCGGUUCUUCUUUACAAGAUUCUUGAGACAGUUCAUAUCAACUGGUUCUAUAACAGUACAUGAAGAAGGAGGAACAGUGUUCACUUUCGAAGGAAAGGACUCGAGAUGUCGCUUGAAAACUGUCUUGGAGAUUCAUAGUCCUCAGUUUUACUGGAAGGUUAUGACACAAGCAGAUUUAGGACUUGCUGAUGGUUAUAUCAAUGGAGACUUUUCGUUUGCCGAUAAAGAAACAGGACUUCUCAAUCUGAUGAUGAUCCUCAUUGCUAAUAAAGAAUUGAACUCAAAGAACUCAAAUCUUUCUAAGAAAAGGGGAUGGUGGACACCGAUGUUUCUGACUGCUGGUUUAGCAUCUGCGAAGCAUUUUCUAAACCAUGUCUCUAGACAAAACACUCUAACUCAAGCUCGUAGGAACAUUUCUCGUCACUAUGACCUUAGUAAUGAGCUUUUUGCUUUGUUCUUGGAUGAUACCAUGACUUAUUCCUCUGCGGUUUUCAAGUCGGAUGAUGAGGAUCUGAAAGCUGCACAGAUGAGAAAAAUAUCUCUUCUGAUUGAUAAGGCGAGAGUAGAGAAGAAGCAUGAGGUUUUGGAGAUUGGAUGUGGAUGGGGAACUUUGGCCAUAGAAGUAGUGAGAAGAACCGGAUGCAAAUACACUGGCAUUACACUAUCUAUUGAACAACUUAAAUAUGCAGAAGCCAAAGUGAAAGAAGCUGGACUUGAGAUGCUAGAAGCUGUUGGCCAUGAAUUCAUGGAGACAUUUUUUAGUCACUGUGAAUCUGCACUUGCAGAAGAUGGCGUUUUUGUAUUGCAGUUCAUAUCGAUACCUGAAGAACGUUACGACGAGUACAGACGCAGUUCAGAUUUCAUAAAAGAAUACAUAUUCCCUGGUGGAUGUCUUCCUUCUUUAGCUAGAGUUACUUCAGCCAUGGCCUCUUCUUCAAAGCUUUGCAUCGAGAACGUUGAGAACAUCGGAAUCCAUUACUACCAGACUCUGAGGCACUGGAGGAAGACUUUCUUGGAAAGACAGAAACAAAUCAUUGAUCUUGGAUUCGAUGAUAAGUUCAUAAGGACAUGGGAAUACUAUUUCGACUACUGCGCAGGGGGUUUCAAGACUCUAACCCUUGGAAACUACCAGGUUGUGUUCUCACGUCCGGGGAAUGUUUCUGCACUCGGAGAACCAUUUCGUAGCUUCCCUUCUGGUCAAAGC